CCUAGCUUCUGCUCUGCUCCUGCCUCCUCCUCUGGCCAUGACAGAGACUCGUGAGCCAGCUGAAACUGGAGGCUAUGCCAGCUUGGAAGAAGACGAUGAGGACCUCUCUCCAGGCCCUGAGCAUUCCUCUAACUCCGAAUACACACACUCAGAGCCGGACUCCGAAGAGGAAGAAGAUGAAGAGGAGGAGGAAGAGGAGACCACUGACGACCCCGAAUAUGACCCUGGCUACAAAGUGAAGCAGCGCCUGGGUGGGGGCCGGGGGGGCCCAUCCCACCGGGCUCUCCGUGCAGCCCAGCCCCCGGACCCCCCAGCCCAGCCCUGCCAGCUCUGUGGCCGCUCAUCCCUCGGGGAGGCCCCACCAGGCACUCCACCUUGCCGGCUCCGCUGUCCCGCUGCCGCCCCCCAGGAAGCACCAGCUCCCGAAGGCAGGGUGCUUGGCAAGGGCGAGAGAGAGGGGGAGCCACCGCGGGCUGGGGAGGGCCAGGGCCAGCCCGCUGGGCGGGAGGAGGAGCAGGACGAGGACGAGGAGGGCACCUACCACUGCAUGGAGUGCGAGGAUUCCUUCGACAGCCUCGGGGAGCUGCAUGGGCACUUCAUGCUGCAUGCCCGGGGUGAGGUGCAGGCAGAGCCCCUGCCCAGCAGCUUGGCAGGAAGGGCGAGGUGGGAGGAGGAGGGCUGA